AUGACAAAUGGAAGUAAUUUAUUUAAAGAUAAUGAAGAAUUUAAAACAAAUUUUACUUUUGAACAUAAUGAAAUUGAAGAUAUAGAAGAAUUAAAUAAUGAUAAUUUAGAAAUCAUUGAUUAUAUUGAUUUAUCAGCAA